GGGCAGAGGACGAGCCCGUGUCUUUUCCGCUGCUGUUCAGAAGAAGGGUUACAGCUCUGGUUGCCCGCCUGCAGCGUCCUCCUUACGCUCGCCGAGCGAGGAGCCGCGCUGGGAGGACCAUCUCCGCAGGAUGUUCUCGCCACCAAAGAGCUCCCUGUAGCUGGCGACGAUGACAAUCCCGGCGGGGCCUCGGGAAGCACUAACGUUUCAGUAGCCCAGCACCCGUGGGUGGCCGCUUAUCCCUCCUUCUCCACGCCCCUCCCUCCCAUCGCACCAGGAUGGUGUAUUAACCAAGGAGAGCCCCGCUUCUUUUCUCCUCGCCCCUCAACUUUCGGCAGCUCUGGGAUUUGUAUGGCAGCAGCGUAACCGUGGAGAGGCCGGGGUAUCACAAACUUAUGGAUUUUGAUAAGAGAGGAGGGAAAGGGGAGCUGGAGGAAGGUAAAAGGAUGUCCAAGACGGGUGGAGGAAGGAGCAGUCAUGGAAGCCGGAGUGCUGGAACCAACUCGGGAGUCUUAAUGGUGGGUCCCAACUUCCGCGUCGGCAAGAAGAUUGGAUGCGGCAAUUUCGGGGAGCUCCGUCUAGGAAAGAACCUCUACACCAACGAAUACGUAGCUAUCAAAUUGGAACCCAUAAAGUCCCGGGCCCCCCAGCUGCACCUGGAGUAUCGGUUCUACAAGCAGCUCGGCAAUGCAGAAGGAAUUCCUCAGGUUUACUACUUCGGCCCCUGCGGGAAGUACAACGCCAUGGUGCUGGAGCUGCUAGGCCCCAGCCUGGAAGAUCUCUUUGAUCUGUGUGAUCGGACCUUCACGCUCAAGACCGUCCUGAUGAUCGCGAUCCAGCUGAUCACGCGGAUGGAGUACGUCCACACCAAAAGCCUGAUCUACAGAGACGUCAAGCCGGAGAACUUCCUGGUGGGGCGGCCGGGCAGCAAGCGGCAGCACACCAUCCACAUCAUCGAUUUUGGCCUGGCCAAAGAGUAUAUUGACCCCGAGACCAAAAAACACAUCCCCUACCGAGAGCACAAGAGCCUGACGGGGACAGCACGCUACAUGAGCAUCAACACCCACCUGGGGAAAGAACAAAGCCGCAGGGACGACCUGGAAGCAUUAGGACACAUGUUUAUGUACUUCCUCCGCGGGAGCCUUCCUUGGCAAGGCCUCAAGGCUGACACGCUAAAGGAGAGGUAUCAGAAGAUCGGCGACACCAAAAGAGCCACUCCAGUGGAGGUGCUCUGUGAGAACUUCCCAGGUGAGGGCUCUGCGUGGCCCGUCCUUGUCCCCAGCCUGGCCCCUUGCUGGCCUGGCACCGUGUCCCCCUGCCCCAACCGAGCCCGCUCUGUCCCCGCAGAGGAGAUGGCCACGUACUUGCGCUACGUGCGGCGGCUGGAUUUCUUCGAGAAGCCCGACUAUGACUACCUGCGGAAGCUCUUCACAGACUUGUUCGAGAGGAACGGUUACGUGUUCGACUACGAAUACGACUGGGCAGGGAAACCGCUGCCCACCCCCAUCGGCACGAUGCACAGCGAGGUGCAGGUGCAGCCCCCGAACAGAGACAAAGCACAGCCACACACCAAACACCAGGUGAUGAGCUCCACCAACGGAGAGCUGAACACAGAUGACCCGACUGCAGGACAUUCGAACGCCCCCAUCACAGCCCCCACCGAGGUGGAGGUGACAGACGAUACAAAGUGCUGCUGUUUCUUCAAGAGAAGGAAGAGGAAAACCACCAAGCGUCGCAAGUGAGCUGCCGGGGCCGGGUGGAGUGGCGUGCGCGAGGGCUCCUCUCCCUCUGGCCGUGGCUGGAUCUUGACCCGUGGAGCUGGCGGCGGCGGCCCCUCGGUUUGGACGGGGCUGGGGCCGAGCCAGCUGGCCUCCCCCGGCGCCCCACGCACAGGCGGGGAGCGGGGCCUCCCCAAACUGCUUGUCCUUUCCUCCGCCACUCGCCCAGUGCGUGGCCGUUUACUCGAACCAAGCCCGACUUCGCUGAAGUUCCUGCAUCCGUCUAAAAGAAAAAAAGAAAAAAGAAACGGAAACAAAUCCACAGCGUCACUUGCUUCUGAGUCUAUACCUAGUUUGAAACGGGGAUCAACUCUACAGACUCUAAAACGUCGCUGUCUUAGAAGAAGCAGAAGACAAUUUUGAGAGCAGUGGGCUAAGGAGGAAUUUUUUUUUUUCUGUUGCUUCUUUGUCUCUUAAGUUAAUUUAAAGUGAGUCUCGGUGCA